AUGAAAUUCGGCGAGACGCUCCGGCAGAGAUCUAUUCCUCAAUGGGCCAAUUACAAUGUUGAUUAUGACGAAGUGAAGCAUAUGAUCAAAGAAAGUACCGCUGGCGAAGGCACAACAAGCCCAGUUUCAAUACCGGGCCAAGGAAAGGCAAAUGAAGCCUGGGUCCAAUUAGAGGACACGCUCUUCCCAGUUCUCUGCAGUCAAUAUGAACGGGUUAAUUUGUUCACGAGAAGCAAGUAUGGUGAGAUGGAGCGUCGGAUGGACUAUAUUGACCGACAGGCACGGCUCUUCACUCGGCAGAAGAACGCACAAGCCUCCCAGCCAUUACAAAACACAAGAAGAUAUGCGAAAUUAGUACAAGAAGCGGAUAGUAUUGGUGAAGACAUCCAGUCGCUUUCUCGAUAUGUUAGCACGCAGAAGCAGGCCUUUAGAAAGCUUUUGAAGAAAUAUCGAAAAUGGACUGGAUCGUUGGCUCUGGAGUUACGGAUGAACAAUGAAAUAUUUAACCAACCAGGAAACGCUCUUAAUUUGGACUUUGUGCCCUUGCUCGAUCGUCUAGCUGGGGUCAGAUCCUGCCUGACAGCAUUGUCCCAGUCACGUGGCAAUGCAACACCAUCUGUGCACCCACACCGGAAGAGCUCAGCACUGGUCUCGCAGAAGCCAAGGCCAACUGCGUUACAACUGCACGAACGAUUCCUAAAUUCAUCACCGCUAGAAUUCGAUGCUGCUUUCUCUGCCGUACCGCUAGGGGUGGCUGGUGGACGAGCUUGCUACUGGGUCCACAAGGACAAUCUUGAGGAGGUGACUGUUCUGCUACGCCGAUAUAUGAAAGACCGCAAUGGGUCCAGUCCACACCUCGAUAGAAGUGAUCCCUGUCUUACCUCUCUGCCAACGGCACGCCGAGAUAGCGCACAAUCAGCAUCUUCCAAUGGUCGAACCCAUAUCGCAAUGUUUGACAACUUACAAAGGUUUAUUAAAGCGCACGGAGCUGUCACUGUAGGUCAGGCAGAGGAUCUUGUUGGCUCUGUGUCUUCAAUGUUGGCCAUGAAAAUUCUUUGGGCAAGUGAUCCCGAAGCCAUUUUGGUAAGCUCGGAUUUAUCGCCUUCGACUGUGCCAAUCCAGCAUCAUUUAGAUAUCACCCACAUCAAGAGAAAGGAACUCGUCAAGCUCUUUGAACCAGACGGACACUUUACGACUAAACAUCAGAAGGGUUGCGCCACUGAUUCAUCAGUCCCCGAUACCAGCUUGCAGAAACAUCGUGACUGGCUUGCCCAGAACAGAGACAUCAAGCCAUUAGCUGAAGUACAAUGCUUACGUUCUCGCUUUGCAGGUCUCAAUAAUACUAGUGAGGUCGGCACCUGGGCGUUGAUGGAUAUGGACAUCACAAUGUCGUCUGUAGACGUGACGACGAUCGGUAAGAACUUGUCUGGUGAUGCUACUGGAGUACAGGGCUUUCCACAUACCGUCUUAGAGCUCCGAUGGGAGUUUUCGCGUACACCGGAGAUCGUCCGAGCCCUAGACAGCACGCAUCUUGUCGAGCGCAUCAGAGGAUUCUCCCUGGAAGCUCAGGCGAUCACCACUAUCUGCAAAGCUUCAGACAUGCCAUCACCCAUGUGGCAGUCGUGGCUUGACCAAGACAUACGAAAAGUGCCACCACUUCAGGCGAGAUCAAACUUGCGGAAGAAUGUUCCCAAAGCGUUGUCUUCGGCACCGUCAUCUACCAGGGACGUCUUCUCGGCGGGGCCGAUCGACUCGUCUGCAACCUCACUACAGGGCUCAAACAAAAGCACUCCACUUAGCAGCCCAGUUAUUGGAAAGCAGGAGGUAGCCAAAACGCCACAUCAAUCUGAGAGAAAAGCAGCGCGGGGCAAGAUGCGUCAUAAAAGACAGCCUAUUCGGCGAUAUUGGAAUGAGUUUGACGACGGAGAUGAAGCUCUUGAGGAUCAAACCUAUGCAAUCUACGUCAAUCCUGACGAGCACGUUUCCUUUCCUGGGGCAGAGACAGUCUCGAAGGCUUUCUCUUCCAUGUAUCAAAGCGUUGGUCGGACCAAAGGCCGCAUCAUGUCCUGGCUACCGAUGCAAUUCCGCAAGCACGAUGGCGACGGUGACGGUGACGGUGACGGUGACGUUGAAGAGGGAGUGCGUCGGCCUCUGCUAGGCACUCGCAACAAAGACGUAGACUCUGACAAUGACGACUCCUCAGACAGUGACCAGUCAGUCCCUGCCGCGAAAGCUUCGAAGACGCUUCGUUCCACUUUCUGUGCAACCGGGCCUGGAGCUCGCAGGACAUUGCGCCUGCCGUUACGCCAUACCACCCAGCGUCAACCAGUUCGCGCAUCCCACGAAGGAGCUCUUUUCCGCACUUACAUAGGCUGCUUCGCCAUUGCCUUGGUUCUGCUAAUCAUGUCUGCCAUCAUGGAUGCGACGGGCAGGCACAAAGCCAAAAUGCAAGUUGAGGCUGGCAUCAUCGUAGGUGUGGUUGCUGCGCUUGGACUGGCGAUCAUUGCAAUCAGUCUGAUGAUGAGCAGAGAGGAGAAAUUGAGCAGGUUGCACCGGCUACUCGGAGGCAGUGCCUUUUUGGUGAUAUGUGCGGGAAGUGGAUGGAUGUUUGCUAUCGUGGGAGGGAAACUAUGA